CCUCCAUGCAACACCACUCCGAACUUUUCUACAACACCCGCGGUCAUGGAGUCCUCUCCUCUGACCUUGGUAAACUACAUACUAACUCAUAAUAUAAUCCCUGGGAGGCUAAUUCUGUGUAGGCGCAUGAUCAUGCCCGAGCCGCUUCUGUCGCAACAUCCAGUUCAGACACGACGGUCGCAAUCAACCAACAUGCUUUGGCAGCAGGGGAGUUUGCGAAAGCUGCUUCGGGGAUUGGAAGCGCAGAAGCCAUGAGAACUUUACGGCUCCUAGAACACCACCAUCGGCGAUUAUCAGAACUCCUUCGUUACCCCUCCGAGAACCCCCCUACGGCCACAUCUACAGAACCCGAAGUUCAACUUCUGGCAGAGAAGCCUUUAUCUACCUCUGCCGCAGUUGCUGAGCUACGAAGCUCGAAAUCCGAUAUUGGUAAUCGCUCCUCCUCUCCAGCUAGAAAUCCACCGAGCCUACAGCACCCUAGGCGUCUUCCACCCCGCGAUUUGAGCUCUUCAAUUGCCAGCAACCUAGCCAGCGCUAGAGGCAUCCGAAAUACCAGAAUGCCCACCGUGUCGGGCAACCAAGUGCCUGGGAGUCUGGAAACACACUCUCGGCGAGAUGGGAAGCGGACAAAAAUACCAGGCAGCAUUCCUGAACAUACAACCGCUCAACCUAGUUGGGUACCACCCACCCAUAAUAACACCAAAAAGGCGGGUUCACAGACUUCGACGUCAAGAGCAACUGCUGUAGCUGAAAAUGCCGGGGCCAGCAAAAAUCCUGCCGAUGAGAAUUUCUCGCGGUUUUAUAGUACCGUUGGAAGCUUUCUUAACAAGCUCUCUGCCCCUCUUGUAUUCGCAGCAUUACCUUUGACCUCAGAGGAGGUGAAAGAGCCCGCUGAGCGGGAGCUAGCACCUGUUUCCAAAAAGAGACCAUCAAACAGCACAGACAAUUUGAGACAGGAGCCGGAUCUAUCUAAAUACAUUUCCCAAGCGGCUCUUAGAGCUACCACACGUGACGGAAAUUCUGCGAAUGACUCUUUUUAUGUGGUUCCCACUGCGGGACAUACAAUGUCCUAUGCACAAAUAUUAUCUUUUGAUCAGAAGGAAAAGCGCCGGAUGAGAGCUUCUCUGCACAGCGAGAACCCCGAAGCCUUUGCAGAUCCAUUCGAAGAGGAUGAUGAUUUUGAGGACGCAAGAGAAACGCCAAUGCCGAAUUCCACGGCUUUCCUUGCCAAAAAGCCGGCGUUUAAGAGAGCUGCCAGUAGUAAACAACUCGAAAAUAGGGUCGAGGAGUUGAACUUGGAGAACCAGAGUCUCAAAGAAGUUGUGGAUAGACUCAGCAAGCGACUUAGUGCCUUUGAGAUGGGGGCCCAGCAAAGUAGUAUGGCAUUACAGCAAAGCAUCAGAAUGAUGCGCUCCUCCAGUCCAGCAAGAGACCAGCUCGCCAAUCAAGACGACGAAGCCCUCAGACGGAAGGUCAUAGAGUUGGAGGAGCGUGUUAUGUUGGGCGCCAAAGAAGCCGAGCGGCUGUCUAGGGACAAUGAAAAGUUGAAGGCGGUCGUGUCGAAAUAUCGAGACCGCUGGGAGAAGUUGAAGGAAGGCGCGAAAACGAGACGUGAGGGUAGUAUGGCGAAGGAUGGGAAAGACACGAUGGCAAAGAAUGAUGUGGGAGCAGGUAGGUUCUUGGCUGGGUGAGGUUGGUCUAUGACUUGGUCGUAAUAGUGCUGAAACGAAAUGCAUAUUGUAUCAACGUAACUUGAUUAGGA